GUUGCAGUUCCUGGACCUUGUGAUCCUGAAGAUUUAAUUGAUGGAAUCAUUUUUGCUGCCAAUUACCUUGGUUCGACUCAACUCCUUUCUGAUAAAACUCCCUCCAAGAAUGUGAGAAUGAUGCAGGAAGAAGAGAAAAUGAAGGUGAAAAUGGCCCAGAAAUUAGCCAAAAGCAGGAAGAAGGCUCCAGAAGGUGAAUCUCAACCUAUGACUGAAGUGGACCUCUUCAUUUCUACACAGAGAAUUAAAGUACUGAAUGCAGACACACAGGAAACUAUGAUGGACCAUCCCCUGCGGACCAUUUCUUACAUUGCUGAUAUAGGAAAUAUAGUUGUUUUGAUGGCUCGUAGGCGAAUGCCACGGUCCAACUCCCAGGAUAAUGUGGAAGCAUCUCACCCUUCUCAAGACGGAAAGAGGCAGUACAAAAUGAUUUGCCAUGUCUUUGAGUCUGAAGAUGCACAGCUGAUUGCACAGUCCAUAGGUCAAGCAUUUAGUGUGGCAUACCAAGAAUUUCUGAGGGCAAAUGGAAUCAACCCAGAAGACCUUAGCCAGAAGGAAUAUAGUGACUUGCUCAAUACCCAGGACAUGUACAACGAUGACCUGAUUCACUUCUCCAAAUCUGAGAAUUGCAAAGAGGUUUACAUUGAAAAGCAAAAGGGAGAAAUCCUAGGAGUGGUGAUUGUGGAGUCUGGCUGGGGAUCCAUUUUGCCUACAGUUAUCAUAGCCAACAUGAUGCAUGGAGGACCAGCAGAGAAGUCUGGGAAGCUGAACAUAGGGGACCAGAUAAUGUCAAUCAAUGGGACCAGUUUGGUUGGCUUACCACUCUCAACUUGUCAGAGCAUUAUAAAGGGUUUGAAAAACCAGGCCCGGGUUAAGCUGAACAUAGUUAGAUGUCCUCCAGUAACCACAGUCUUGAUCAGAAGACCAGACCUCAGAUAUCAGUUGGGCUUCAGUGUGCAGAAUGGGAUUAUCUGUAGCCUUAUGAGAGGAGGCAUAGCAGAGAGAGGAGGUGUGCGUGUUGGCCAUCGGAUCAUUGAAAUCAAUGGACAGAGUGUUGUAGCAACACCUCAUGAGAAAAUUGUUCACAUUCUCUCAAAUGCUGUUGGUGAGAUUCAUAUGAAGACGAUGCCAGCUGCCAUGUACAGACUGUUGACUGCGCAAGAGCAACCAGUUUACAUCUAA